CGCCUCCUUCCCGCGGCUGCGCGUUGGCGCGUACCGCUCUGCGCCCGUCCAACAUGGCGUCGUCCGCGUCCGUCCGCGGCCUGGGACGGCGGGUACUGGCGUGCAGCUGGGAGCUGCCUUGCGCCUGGCGCGCCCUGCACACCUCGGCGGUCUGCGCCAAGAACCGGGCGGCGCGAGUCCGUGUGGCCAAGGGGGACAAGCCGGUGAGCUACGAGGAGGCGCACGCCCCGCACCACAUUGCGCACCGAAAGGGCUGGCUGUCGCUGCACACAGGUAACCUGGAUGGAGAAGAUCACGCUGCAGAGAGAACAGUGGAAGAUGUUUUCCUUCGAAAAUUCAUGCUGGGCACCUUUCCAGGCUGCCUGGCUGACCAGAUCGUUCUGAAGCGCCGUGCCAACCAAGUGGACAUCUGUGCCCUUGUCUUGAGGCAGCUGCCGGCACACAAAUUCUACUUUCUCGUGGGCUACAGUGAGACUCUGUUGUCACACUUUUACAAGUGUCCUGUGCGACUCCACCUUCAAACUGUGCCCUCCAAGGUUGUGUACAAGUACAUAUAAAAGGUGCGAUCUCUUGAAUCGGGCUGGAACCUGCAAAGAUCCAGAGAAGUGACAUAGAUCUCGGGAUGGCGGCAUCAGCUCCAAGCUGCUGUUGAAUAAAGACCCUCUCUGUCUCUUUUAAAGAUUUUACUUUUAGUUAUAUGUGG